CAGAACUCCCAGAGGAUUGCCACCAGCUCUUCCUGGCCGGGCAGCAAAGCAGCGGUGUUUUCCAGGUGCAGCCUGCAGGCUCUCAGCCCUUCAAAGUCUACUGUGACAUGACCACAGAAGGUGGCUGGACAGUGAUCCAGAGGCGCACAGAUGGCUCUGUGGACUUUGACCAGCUCUGGGAUGCCUACAAGAACGGCUUUGGAGACCUUCGUGGUGACUUCUGGCUGGGCCUGGAGAAGAUACAUCACCUUGUCCAAGAGGGAAGAUACAAUCUGCUGAUUGAACUUGAAGACUGGGAGGGAAAUUCCCAGGUGGUUCAGUUUAUCUUCAGCCUUGGUGGUGAGAGCACAGCCUACACACUCAACCUGCUGGGACCUCUCUCUGGAGAGCUGGAAAAUGCUAUUGGGGACUUCAGGCAGCUGCCCUUCUCCACUCGGGAUCGUGACCAUGACCUCAAAGCUGACACAAACUGUGCCAAACACCUCUCAGGUGGCUGGUGGUUCAGCACCUGUGGCCAUGCCAACCUCAACGGGAAGUACUUCCGCUCCAUCCCCCGCCAGAGGCACGAACGCAAGCAGGGCAUCUUCUGGAAGACAUGGAAAGGCAGGUAUUACCCGCUGAAGUCAACCACCAUGAAAAUCCAACCUGCAGAACUGGAAGCAGAGCCCUAAAGCUCUGUGAGACUUGACCCUCUCUGCAGAGCACAGACCUGAGCUCUGCCACCUGGUGUUUACAAAAAACAAACCCACCCUC